AAAAGUUGUGUUGCUUAAGCGCGAAAUGGAAAACGAUAACGUUACUGUGCAGUCCGGCAUCAGUAUUGAGAAUCUUUCAGUGACUGUCCGGGCUUGGGUGGGGGUGAAAUUGUCAGGAGGGGAACUGGGACAGGGGAGGCGAUCAAUCCCGCUGUUAGAGACCCCGCGGACCAUGCUGCGCGGCACCAUCCCAGCUCUUCUGGCGGCGCUGAUUUCCAUUUCCAGCUGCUCCGCCAAGUCCGACUGUGUUGUGGACAACUUCCAAGUGAAGGAAAACUUCAACAAGAGCCGGUAUACGGGCAAGUGGUACGCCUUCGCAAAGAAGGAUCCCGAGGGUCUGUUCCUGGAGAGCAACAUUCACGCCGAGUUUAGGAUCGAAAAUGAGACUAUGAUCGCUAAAGCGACCGGGCUGGUCACUUUACUGCCGGACUGGAUUGUGUGCGCUGAAAUGAUGGGGACCUUCAACAACACGGCCAACCCUGCCAAAUUCAAACUGAAGUACUGGGGAGCAGCCGAGCACCUCCAGAAGGGCAAUGAUGAUCACUGGAUUAUUGACACAGACUAUGAUAACUAUGCCAUCACAUACACAUGCCGAAAGCUGUAUGAAAAUAGGACUUGUGCGGACAGCUAUUCAUUCGUGUUCUCACGCAAUCCUAAAGGACUGACCCAGGAAACACAGCGCAUUGUCCGAAAAUGGCAGGAUCAUAUCUGUCUGGCAUACAAAUACAAGCGUGUUCUUCAAACAGAUUCAUGCCCAUAGAUCCACUGGAUUAAUGUCACUUUGGCAAUGAGCAUGGCUGUGAGUAUCGAUCUGGAGCACAACACCAGGAUCAGGUUCAGUCACCUUGUGAAUAUAUUUUUCUAAAGCUCACAUUUUAAGUGCAAGUCGACUUCCAGUCAUGUAUUGGUUUUGUCAUAUUAUUACUUAUCAAAUAAAGUUAUGACAAACA